UUUCUCUUGAUCGGCCAUGGCCAGAGCCAAAAGGCCUUUCACCAAUGUGUGGUGCUUAAACUUGAAGUCAUCACCUUAAAAGUGUAGACUUUGUCAAAUCUUAUAGAAAGUUACAUAUUUUUCCAUUUAUUUAUUUUCUGGGGUGUGUGAAGGUAAUGGCCGGUGGAGAAUCUCCGGUGGCGGUUAAGGCCGGUUUCUGAGACUGGACCAUUUGGAUUAACUUUUCCAGCUAGUGCGGAUUACUGUUCAGCCCGACUGUGCUCGGCAAUAACGAAGUGGUCCUUAAACUUAUAUUCCCUUAUAAAUAUACAAUGCUUCUUGAGACAUUCGCAAACUUAGCUCUCGUUUACAACGUUUUCCUCCUCGGUCUCGGCUUGGACUUGAGGAUGAUAAAGAUCAAAGACAUCAAACCAGUGAUCAUAGCCAUUGUUGGCCUCCUUGCGGCUUUACUUGCCGGUGCUGGCUUAUACUACCUUCCCAGUAACGGAGAGGCCGACAAAAUCCUAGCAGGUUGUAUGUACUGGUCGAUCGCAUUUGGCUGUACAAAUUUCCCUGAUCUUGCUAGGAUUCUUGCGGAUCUCAAGCUCUUGCGUACGGAUAUGGGACAUACUGCAAUGUGUGCAGCCGUUGUUACUGAUUUGUGCACUUGGAUUCUCUUCAUUUUUGGAAUGGCGAUUUUUUCCAAAUCUGGUGUACGCAACGAAAUGUUGCCAUACUCAUUAGCAUCAACCAUAGCUUUUGUCCUUCUCUGCUACUUUGUGAUCCAACCUGGAGUGGCUUGGAUCUUCAACAACACCGUCGAAGGAGGUCAAGUGGGAGACACUCACGUAUGGUACACUCUCGCUGGAGUCAUUAUUUGCAGCUUAAUCACCGAAGUAUGUGGGGUUCACUCAAUUACCGGAGCAUUCUUGUUCGGUCUAUCGAUCCCUCAUGACCACAUCAUUCGAAAAAUGAUCGAAGAGAAGCUCCACGAUUUCCUCUCGGGAAUGCUAAUGCCUCUUUUCUACAUCAUCUGCGGUUUAAGAGCUGAUAUUGGUUACAUGAACAGGACCGUGAGCGUUGGAAUGAUGGCGGUUGUGACUUCUGCGUCGGUUAUGGUGAAGAUUUUGUCAACGAUGUUUUGCUCCAUUUUCUUGCGUAUACCUUUGCGUGAUGGUUUAGCCAUUGGUGCACUUAUGAAUACCAAGGGAACAAUGGCACUAGUCAUUCUCAAUGCUGGACGAGACACCAAGGCAUUGGACGUUAUUAUGUACACUCAUCUGACGUUGGCGUUUCUAGUGAUGUCAAUGGUGGUGCAGCCACUAUUAGCCAUUGCUUACAAACCAAAGAAGAAGUUGAUUUUCUAUAAAAACCGAACCAUUCAAAAACACAAAGGAGAGUCAGAGCUUUGUGUAUUGACAUGCGUCCAUGUCCUCCCUAACGUCUCUGGCAUAACCAAUCUAUUACAACUCUCUAACCCGACCAAGAAAUCUCCUCUUAACGUUUUUGCUAUCCACCUAGUCGAGCUAACGGGUCGCACCACGGCUUCGUUGCUCAUUAUGAACGAUGAGGCCAAACCGAAAGCUAACUUUGCUGACCGAGUUAGAGCGGAAUCUGACCAGAUCGCUGAGAUGUUCACAGCUCUCGAAGUGAACAACGACGGGGUAAUGGUUCAGACCAUUACCGCGGUUUCACCUUACGCAACGAUGGACGAAGAUAUUUGUUUGUUGGCCGAGGAUAAACAAGCCUGCUUCAUUUUAUUGCCUUACCACAAGAAUAUGACGUCAGACGGUCGGUUAAAUGAAGGUAACGCAGUGCACGCUGAAAUCAACCAAAACGUUAUGAGCCACGCGCCUUGUUCGGUUGGGAUUUUGGUUGACCGUGGCAUGACGACUGUCCGGUUUGAAUCUUUUAUGUUCCAAGGCGAAACCACAAAGAAAGAAAUCGCCAUGCUAUUCCUAGGAGGUCGAGACGACAGAGAGGCUUUGGCUUACGCUUGGAGGAUGGUGGGACAAGAAAUGGUUCAACUCACGGUCGUUAGAUUCGUCCCAAGCCAGGAAGCUUUAGUCUCAGCCGGGGAAGCCGCGGACGAGUACGAGAAGGAUAAACAUGUCGAUGAAGAGUCCAUCUACGAGUUUAACUUCAAGACUAUGAAUGAUCCAUCAGUGACUUAUGUAGAGAAAGUGGUUAAGAAUGGCCAAGAAACGAUCACAGCGAUUUUAGAACUGGAAGAUAACAAUUCUUACGAUCUUUACAUUGUGGGAAGAGGAUAUCAAGUAGAAACACCUGUGACCUCAGGGUUGACAGAUUGGAAUAGUACUCCGGAUUUAGGGAUUAUAGGCGAUACAUUAAUUUCAUCAAACUUCACAAUGCAAGCUUCGGUUCUUGUGGUCCAACAAUACUCUUCUGCUAACAGACAAACCGCAGAAAACAACAAUCAAGAACCUGUCCAAGGUAAAGCCAAGACCGAUCAUGAGGCUACGCCUUUUAUGGAAGACGAGGAUGAUGAAGUAGAACAUCAGUACAGUAUGCGCAGAUGAUUGUUUUUUCUUAACCCAUAUUGUAUACAUUCUUUAGAUGGAAUUUAUAAUCUUUCUUUUCAUAUUGUAAGUAUCCCCAAUGACAGAUUCAAUAUGCUCAAGUAGAAACCGUUGCAGCUUCUUUCUUAAAUCUUCGACUUUCUCGUUCGUUUCUGUUCUGUUUAAGUUCAGAUCAUCGAGCCAAUGGUUUAAAGCUUUAAGGUGGACGAGAAGAGACUCUUUUCCAUUUGUUUCUUCCGUCUUCACCAAGAAAGACCCUUUGUUCAAUGAAUUCUCCAAAUAUUUCAAGAACCAUUGGCUGGAAACUUGGACUAGCUCAUCCGCUAGACUCGUUGAAUCCUUCAGACUGCUUUUACCUUCUAAGCUACUUCGGUCUGAAACAGAACAAUGUUUCGUUGCAGGCGGUUUCGCGCCUUUGUAGGAUGGGGUUCUUGAACUUGUUGUCUCCUUGGGGUUCAGUUUCUCGGAUGAGUUCUGCAUAACAAUGUAGUGAUGAUCAGCAGCAUCACCUUUCUUUCCAGGCUCUUUAAAUAAGUUGAACUGAGAAAAACCAGUCACUACCGCAGCUUGAACCCAAGAUGUUGCAUUUUUAUUUACUACUAAUCUACACGAG